AGUUCGUGUCUCACCACCGUCACCCAAUGGGGCCACGGACUGCGCCGGUCGCCGCCGCGUCGCGUCGAGGAGGAAGACUGAGACUGAGCGCCGCUGGGAGGGAGGACGACGCGAGCUGGAGGUCCGGUCGCCGUGGUGCUAUGGAGCAGACAGAACCGCGCCACGCUGUUGGGGUUCUCACUGUCGCCAGAAAGGAAUUCAGAUCUGCCGCUGCCGGAGCUUCUAGCCGAGCCUCAACCGCCGGGAACGCCGCUGCCGCCACUAAGCUCCACUGCCGAUCGCCGCUGCUGCUUGGGGCUGACUGCCGGGUUGCCGCCGAACCGGUUCGGAGACCGCCGCUGUUUCGGUUCAACCGUUCCUUCUUCGGUUCGAGUUGUUGAGACUGUUACAAAAGCGGCUUGGAGCCGAGGUUUUGGUUGCCGGUGAUUUCGAGUUGAGGCGGAAAGGACUCUGUGAGACGUUUGGGUUAUGGAUUUGCAUUUUGAGGUAGGGGCGCUUUCCAAAAACUAUGUUUUAUGUAUUGGAAUUAUUACAUAUGGAUACUGAUAUGAGACAAUUGGUAUUUGGUGAUUGUAUCUGCCUUGUGUGUUAUUUGAUUGUCUCGAAUGGUUAAGGAUGCUUGUUUGGCUGAAUUGUUGUGCGGCUUGUGAAAUAUAAUGUUUUGAUGUUAAUUCUUUAAAGAUUUGAAAUCUGAGUUUGAUCCGUUGAGGAUUGAGUUGAAUUGAGUU